AUGGAAUGUUUCAUUUAUCACAGUACGUUUUUCAUCGGAAAAGUGGACAAGAGCUUCUCCAGGACCAAAGUCUUAUGGAAACAAGAUGGACGUAUACCGCGGAUCUCUGAUGAAAUAGAGACCUCGUUGGAUCCAUCUCGCCUUCCGUUUCCUCCUCCCUCACUGUUAAGGGGUUUCAGGAUGGAUGAGCAAAGAUGUUCGCUGCCUCCUCCCCUCAAAACAGAGGAAGACUACAUUCCUUAUCCCAGUGUUCAUGAGGUGCUUGGUCGAUGCAGUCCCUUCCCGCUCAUUCUGCUGCCCCAGUUUGGCGGUUACUGGAUCGAGGGCACCAAUCAUGCGCCAAAAGACCCUCCUGAGGCAGAACAGGCCUCAUGUCCCACCUCACAUGUCAAACUGGAGACCAACAGCCUCGCCAAAAUCUACAGGAAGCAGUUCAUGGGAAAGGAGCACUUUAACUACUACACCAUGGACGCCGCACUGGGCCACUUGGUCUUUUCCAUGAAGUACGAUGUCAUCGGGGAUCAGGAGCACCUGCGGCUCAUGCUUCGCACAAGGCAAAAAACCCACCACGACGUGAUCCCAAUUUCUUGCCUUACUGAGUUCCCCAAUGUGGUUCAGAUGGCUAAGCUUGUUUGUGAAGAGGUUAAUGUGGACCGCUUUUACCCCGUCCUCUAUCCAAAGGCAUCGAGGCUGAUUGUUACAUUUGAUGAGCAUGUGAUAAGCAACAACUUCAAGUUCGGGGUGAUUUAUCAAAAGUAUGGACAGACAACAGAGGAAGAGCUGUUUGGUAACAUGGAGGAGAGCCCAGCCUUUGUAGAGUUCCUCGAGUUUCUGGGACACAAGAUCGAGCUUCACGACUUUAAAGGAUUCCGAGGUGGGCUGGAUGUCACGCAUGGACAGACGGGCACAGAGUCGAUCUACACAAAUUUCCACAAUAAAGAGAUUAUGUUCCAUGUGUCCACAAAGCUGCCGUACACAGAAGGAGACUCGCAGCAGCUACAGAGGAAAAGACACAUAGGCAACGACAUAGUAGCCAUCGUGUUCCAGGAGGAAAACACGCCUUUCGUCCCAGAUAUGAUCCAGUCCAACUUCCUGCACGCGUAUGUGGUGGUGCAGGUGGAGAACCCCUGCUCGGACAAUGUGCUUUACAAGGUGUCUGUAACAGCAAGAGACGACGUGCCUUUCUUUGGCCCUGCUCUGCCUGACCCGGCUAUCUUUAAAAAGGGCCCAGAAUUUCAUGAAUUUCUUUUCACUAAGCUCAUUAAUGCAGAGUAUGCCUGCUAUAAGGCUGAGAAGUUCGCCAAGCUGGAGGAGCGCACACGGUCAGCUCUUCUGGAGACGCUCUAUGAGGAGAUCCACAUAAACAGCCAGUCCAUGAUGGGACUGGGAGGAGACGAGGACAGGCUGGAGAACGGGAGUGGAGGGGGGGGAGGGGGAGGCUUCUUUGAAUCCUUUAAGCGGGUCAUCCGCAGCAGGAGCCAGUCUAUGGACGCCAUGGGCCUCAGUAACAAGAAGUCCCACACAGUCUCCACUAGUCACAGUGGAAGCUUUACCCAUAAUCCUGCAGAGAGCCCCAAAACCCCAGGCAUUUCAUUGAUCAUUCCUGGAAAGAGCCCAACCAGGAAGAAGUCUGGUCCCUUCAGCUCGCGGCGCAGCAGUGCUAUUGGCAUCGAAAACAUUCAGGAAGUCCAGGAGAGAAGUCGUGAGGUGUCGCCCAGCACCCAGAGGACACCAGACAGCAGCCAUUUGUCACAGGAAAACAGAUCAGACAACUCGUCCAAUCACAGCUCCCCAGAGUUCCCUGCCACCCGGAACAGUCUGAACAUGUGUUGCAGAGCGCCGUCCAUCCCAGAGCACCAGGACCUGUCUCGCUCGUCUUCCAACGCCAGCAGCUUCGCCAGCGUGGUGGAGGAGAACGAGGCUGAGGAGGAGUACGACACUGGAGUGGAAAGUGUAUCUUCCGUAACGCCACUCAAGAGGGACUCGGGAGUCUUUCAGCAGCGGCUCGUCUUCUGCAGCACCAGGACUCGCUCAAAGCAUCAGAGCCUAAAGGGACCGACGGAUGGACUAAGAGCGAGCGACCCACACUGGAGCAUCGGUCGCACUCGAAUUGCUAACCAUCUCCUAGAUGCUGUUUCAGAAUUUCAAAGACUGCAAACCAAGGGACAGGAGGCGUCACUCACACCGGAGCCUGAAGACUGA